UUGUCAAGCGAAGUGCAACGAUAACAAACUUCAGGCGUGGAGAUUCCUAACCUGCCAGCAGCAGUGUGUAUCCUUGGUAAGAAACGAAAACUACCCACAUGCUGGAAGAUGACUCGCACCGACUUGACUAGAGUUAAAGGAAUUUAAAAGCGGUCGAGGAUGCGGUGCCGCCUUAGCUGCGUAAGUCAAAGGUGUGUGCUUUGUUGACAUUCAUUCAGGGGAAGCUCGACGACUUCAAGGGGUGAUCGGUUCCAUGCUACGGGCAACGACCAUGCUUGGUCUUGGCUAACCUCACCGCCUACCCGUUUCGGACAGGUAUUGGCUGAUAAGCGGCAGGGUGCUUCCUUAUCACCUGGGCUACUGCCGCUGUUGGCUGGGGUCGCCGGCCAUCCACCACAGGUGCGGGACAGGCGUGGACGGAACACAAGACCGGACCACUCGCUACCUAUCAACAUGCACCCAGCACCACCUGUUCACCAACCACUGCACCGCGCAACACGCACAAUCACACCUCGACGAUUUUCUCUUGUCUUCCGCCUCUCGCGCUUCAAAGAGCUGCCAGGCUCUGAAUUGUCAUAAAGAGUGGACGGCGCUAUGAUAUGAGCGGGUGCGCGCGGGGCACAAUGCUUGGACACCGCUAGUUGGCCCGUCAUGACAACUGCCUCGACUGCUGCUGCUGCUGCUGCUGCUCCCACUUUCUCUGCGCCCUCUGCGCCCUCUGCGCCCUCUGCGUCCCCUGCGGUCCCUGUCACUGCACAGAGUCAGGGCCCCGCUCCCACUCGUCUCUCAACCCCACGACCAAAGUCGCCCAGGACGAGCUCAGAACCAUCUUCGUCGACAAACAACCUGAAGGCCGGCACCAGGUCACGGACCAAACGGGGAUCGCCGUCGCCCCAGUCCAACGCGCAGCGGACAGACCCCCUUUCUGACAAGGCCACCGUUUAUCUGAUCAGGCGCAUCUUGUGUCCUCAACACCAGGACAAGGGCAAGACCCCGCCGGUAUCGAUUGAGGAUGUGCUGCCGCCUCUGACCAGUCGGAACGAUGUCGACCUGCAGCUGUACGCACUAAUUGCCAUCAUCCUCCGGGAAUAUGUCCAGAACUGGUACAACAAGAUCACCCCCGACGACUCGUUUGUCGCCGAGAUUGUCCAGCUUAUUGCCCAUGUCACUAGAGCGCUUGAGCAGCGCCUUCGCAAUGUCGACCUCGAGAGCUUGCUCCUAGACGAGCUGCCCGAUCUUCUCGACAGGCAUGUCACUGCCUAUCGAGCAGCUCACAAUCCCAUCACGCAGUCUCCCCUUCAGACGAAUGCGCGCGAGAUCUAUCACGCUCUGUGCCCCCUGCCCGCUCUGUCUCCCGUCCCGUGCUCAGGAAGCCCGGAGAGCGUAGCUGAGCAAGCCGAAAAUGAGGCGGCGUUUCGUCAGCUGCUGGUUCAUGCUGUUCUUGCCGUACUCUUGCCCACUGAGGAUCUCCAGAACAACUGUCUUGUGGCCCUGGUUGGCCAGAUAUUAUCGGAGCUGAUAAUCGGGAAUAUUCUGGCCAACAAGCUGUCAGAGCCUUGGUUCAUCUGGGAAUGUUUCUCAAUAGCGUCCAGCGUUAUCACACGGCGCAGAUCUGCCGAAGAUGAGCCUCUGCCCCGAAGGAAGAGUAAAGUACCGCUACAGGCCCGCACUUCGUCGUCGGUCCAAUCGAUCCAGGCACUGUUCUGGACCAUCGUUCAUUGGAUCCUCCUCACGAUAUCGUUUGUGAGGGUGGCUAUCACUAUCUUGAUCACCUCCCACUCCCUACCACCUCGUUCAUCGCGCAGCACGACCGCAUACGAGAAAGUGGCGGCUCACCAUACGACUCGAGUGGACCUCGAAAAGCAUGCCGGUUCGUCCGAUGUUGAGUCGGAAAGCUUCAGGACACCCGUUUUGGCAUUCAGAUGCUGGUCAGCAAUAUCCAACUUGAUCGAGAUGGACGGCCGGAUGCCGUGGCUCAGCGGCACAGUGGCCAUGUUGCAGUGGAUCAUGAUGAGAAGCCCAGGAAGGCUGGGUGGUGUUGACGGGAGCAUUGACAGGCUUCUAUCUUACGCAGUCCACAAGUACAUCCUUGACCCAUCAGGUCUACCCCCACUUCUCCGCAGUGUGCGAGGCGCACUCUUCCCCAACAACCUGCCAGGGAUCUCGAGUUUGACGGCACCCUCGUCUGAAGACGAGCUGCUUGCGCUAAGGCGCAGGUGUGCUAAGGAUCUUUGGGCGCUAAUUUCGCCUGGAUUUAUGGCAAAGCUCCUUGGGUCCGUUUAUUUCAGUGGCCGUUGCGGAUUUGGCGGCAAUUCUGGUCUCAAAACCACGGCCGCGAGCCUUAAGACCAGGCCAACUGCUACUGUUAACACCGGUAGUACUAGCGCGCCCAUGAUGGUAAGUGAAGAGGAUGCCGAAAAGCGAGGCGCACUAGCCGGUGCUUCUCGUUCUACGACCAGUCGGGGAGCAAGCAAUGUCGGUUCUGCCACUGUCCAGCCUGCUGCUUCUCAAAACUCAUCACAGACGCCGAAGCAGGAUCAGACACAAAUGGAACAGAUGCGGAGCGGGAGCGGACCGAAGAAAAGCGGCCUAGAUCAGGGCCAGCAGGCGGUGGUUCCUGGUAAUGCUAGCAUUACUGGCGGCCCAGUCCCAACUCACCAACAGGGGUCAGGGUCGUCUGGAUCGCUUUCCUCGUUAUCGUCUGUUGCCCCUGCCCCUGGAUUUAGAGCUGGGCCUGGGUCUGGCCUUGGCCUUGGGUUUGGCCGUAGAGGGUCAGCACCUUCGGCAACAGCAGCAACCAUUACUACCAGUUCCGAUCCCCGGUCAGGUAGCAACAGCAGCAGCUCUAGUACGGGUAAUAGUCGGAGCAGUAGCAAGCUGUCUCUUACUGGAGGUGGUAGCACUAACGACGCCGCCAUCCGUGCAGCAGCCUCAGCCACCAAGACCAAAUUAGCCAAGAGGGUGGAGGACCAACACGCUCAUGUUGUUGAAGUCCAUUUUCAGCAAGAGCUUGACGCGAAUGCAGAUGCCGAGGCAGGUGAUAUACACGCCGCUUCUGCUUUCGCUGCCGCAGGCGGUCAAGCUCACGUUGAUGAUGCUGACGAUGAUGUUGACGAUGGAAACCCAGAUGAAGAGACGAUUUUGACAGAAAUCGAACAAGGAAUUCUGGAUGUGUUUAGCGAUGCCUAUCUAAACAAGCAUCUGAUUUACUCGAUACUGGAGUUGAUCCUGGUGCGGUUGAUGCCUGAAUUGGCGGAGAAGAGGGUUAGCGAGCUUUGGGAAGAGAGGCUUGUUUGAAUUGGGGAUCGAAUAAGAGUACCGAAUAGGGUUUGGUCGUUGUUCUUGCGAGACUUGUGUCUGUUGAUGUUUUUGGUUUGUGUGUUCGUAACAACAAGCAGUCUAGUUUUUGGGGAGAAAAGAAGAAAGGGGGGGGGGGAGGUGCGAGUUCACGGGUGCUCACAAUGUCAACAGCCAGAAAAUACGCUAGGAGAAGGAGCGAUGCACAGGCAAUUUAGAUGUGGGAGUGUUACGCAUCACCCCUGGAGAGUUCGUUAGCGUGGUACUUGCAGAGCGCUAUUUUACCACUUUUAGGUUAGUUAGGUAGCAUUCCAGACCUGCACAGCACCCGCCUGGUUCGUUGUUGGCCGCUGUGAAUGGAGUCAAGUUUUGGUGCAUGUGUGUGGGACACUCGGUCGGACACGAUCAAUUGUUGUUCUGACCCUGGUUGUAGCGAGGUUUGGGCUAAUAUGAUGGUUCAAGGUCCC